GACGCCAUGUCCGGGCGAGGAAAGCAGGGAGGCAAAGCGCGCGCCAAGGCCAAGAGCCGCUCGUCCCGCGCGGGGCUGCAGUUCCCGGUGGGUCGCGUCUACCGCCUGCUCCGCAAGGGCAACUACUCGGAGCGCGUCGGGGCCGGCGCGCCGGUGUACUUGGCGGCCGUGCUCGAGUACCUGACGGCCGAGAUCCUGGAGCUGGCGGGCAACGCGGCCCGCGACAACAAGAAGACGCGCAUCAUCCCGCGCCACCUGCAGCUGGCCAUCCGCAACGACGAGGAGCUCAACAAGCUGUUGGGCCGCGUGACCAUCGCGCAGGGCGGCGUCCUGCCCAACAUCCAGGCCGUGCUGCUGCCCAAGAAGACCGAGAGCCACCACAAGGCCAAGGGCAAGUGAGGCGGCUCACAGGCCGUCCGGGCUCCCGGCCCCAGAAACCAAAGGCUCUUUUCAGAGCCACUCAAAUUGCCAGGAGAAGAGCUGGUGAUUUUCUUCUCUUCCCCGUCUUUGUGGUCUGUCUUUGCACUGCAGUCAGUGAGUGGAGAUGGCUGUGUGAUUUAAAUUUUCGUUGAUCUUAAAUACAACUGAUAAAUCAACGGUGACGCAAAGCAAGCCAUUUGGAUUUGGUCCACAGUGCCCUCUGUAUGACUUCAUGGGCACGGGUGGGUAGUGGGUGAAUAAGGUGGUUAUACUGGGCUGCUUUUAAGUUGCCGUUCAAGGGAUGUGUCCAUCACCCUCAAUUCUAGCUUGAGCUUUGCUGCCCAGAGCGGGAGUCAUAUGGUAGGAAGGAUCUUGGCUCAAUGCUUGACUGAGCCAGGGUUUUCCCACUGGUUCACUUAGGUCUUUGCCACUGGUAACUCCCACCCCCACCCCAGUCUAGGAUAUAAAGUUCUGCUUUUUUUUAAACAGCUACCCGUGGAGUCUACCCCCCCAUUCAUGACCACCCACCUCAGUGUGUGUCACAGGACUGGUUUUUCUGAUGUAGGUCACAAGGCCUUCAUUCCAAGGCACCUCUGGGUGGACUGAACUUUCGACCUUUAAGUUAGCAGCCGGUGUCCCCAUUGCAUUGUAAACCACACAACUCAGAACCCUAACCAGGCAAGUCUUGAUCCUUUGAAUACCCAGUGGUGUAAAUGAAGUUGGCACCGUUGACACCUCUCUCUCCUCCUUAGAUGUGUUCUGUCCAGGAAUUUCAGCCGUGUCCACUGGCUUUACAGUCGGUGAGCCCUGGUUGUGAUGAUGGAGGCAAAGUCCAGGGAAGAGAGAAGUUAGGCUGGAAAUUUCCAGCUCCCAGGAUGAUUUUUGUGUGCAGAAAGGUCGUAACUUCACAGCAAGAACUCAGGUAGCCUCCCGUGCUGCUGACCCCAGGCCCUAGACAAGCAAAUCUCAGCUUUUCUCAGAAUCAUCCCCUUAUUUAGGGACCUGUACCGGCCAGUUCUGAACUUGGACAGUGGAUGAAAGGUCUCUAGGUGCAUGUUACUCCAUGUUGGGAGUUAGCUAAGAACCUAGGAACACAGGGCAGCUAGCCUGCCUGCAGAAAAGCUUUUCAGGGUUCCAUUCCUCCUGCUGCCUUCCUGUCUCCCAGGCACCUUGAGCUACGGUUGCUCAGCUCUCUGGGGAGAUCCCCCUUUGUGUUGUGCAGGUAGGUACCUAGACUGUUUCUGAAAGGUCCUUAACGUGUGCUUCCGUUGUAGCUGCCAGACUGCCUUGCCCAGGUGGGUUUUGGCUACAUUUUUAAUU